AAACUUAACAUCCUCCACUCUUCAAGAAGUGCCUAAACACAUACAACCUCUUGAGUCUGAUCUGCCAAAACUAUUCAGAUGAAUUCUUUGCAGUCUUGUUAACAGAAAGUCUCAGUUCUUGUAAGCUGAUGACUUUUGUUUCAUUUUGUGGAUUAGUUCACUGACAGCUCAGGAGGUCCCAAAAUGGACUUGCAUGGAGUAGCCAAUGGGAGAAGGAGGCUAGCAUCUUUCUGCUUCAUGCACUUUGGCAUCUACCUCGUGUGUAGCUCAUGUGCUGAUGCCUUUUGGGUUGCUGAGCUUAACAUCUCUUUUUGGCUGGGAAAUCAGGCUGUGUGGGAGAUCACAGAAAAUGGGAUGUUUGCCAAAGCAUCUCCUUUGAAGAAGGUGUCUGGAGUUGUGGUGCCGCCAGAGGGACUGUAUCAAAAUGCCUGCAACUCUGAAACCACUUUCAAUAAGCCACCAAAUGGGAAGAGCUGGAUAGCACUUAUCAUGAGGGGGCAGUGCCCAUUUACCAAAAAAAUCAAAGUUGCUGCAGAGAAGGGAGCUGCUGGUGUGAUCAUCUAUAAUUAUCCAGGUACAGGUAACAACAUCUUUCCCAUGUUUAACUUUGGAGCAGAAGAUAUUGUGGCAGUCAUGAUCAGCCACCUGAAAGGUAUGGAUCUCUUACAUUUGAUUCACAGUGGCAUUGAUGUGAUGAUAACAAUUGAAGUCGGAAAGCAUUACUAUCCAUGGCUAACCCAUUAUAUGGGCACCUUGCUUGUUUUUGGCUUAGUUGCUGUGGCAUAUUGCACUUUUUAUUGUGCUGGGAGGCUACGAAGAACAAGGAAUCCAACACCAAGAAGAAGGCAGCUAGUUGAUAUUAAUAAAGCCAUUAAUCAUCUGGAGCUUCGCACAUUGAAAGAGAAUGACAAGGAGGUUGGAUCUAAUGGAGAGAACUGUGUAGUGUGUUUAGAAAUGUAUAAACCUAAAGAUAUAGCCCGUGUAUUGCAUUGCAGGCAUCUUUUCCACCAAACCUGUGUUGAUCCUUGGCUUUCAAAGCAUCAGACAUGCCCUGUGUGCAAGUGGAACAUACUUGGGGCAAUGGAAGGUGUUGCAACUGAAACAGAGCCACUAGUGGCUGCUCAAAUACCAAAUGAAGCUUCUUCCAUGAUCCGUUCUCCUAAUGAAGGAAACUAUGGAGCAGCACAUGUGGGAAUGCAGAAAGGCCCAAAGGCAGAAUCCAGAGGUGAAUAACUUUCACAUUCUGCCUGCCACAUCCUUCAAGACCAAGCCUGAGCAGGUGUGGAAUAAAAAGCUUUACUUCUCUUUCCGCAGAUUUUCGCUUUUCUUCUUCUGUGUUGAGGGUACAAGUAGAAAACAUGAUAUCACCCAGCUCUCAUCAUUCCUC